AUGGCAGACGGUCUCAAUACUGCUCGCGCAAUGCGUGUCGCAGAGAUCAUGCAAGAUUUCAAGAAUAUUCAAAUGCGCAUUGGUGCAAUCAGAGCGAAUCCAUCGGCAGAAGAAUACAAUGAAGAUGGCUUCGUGAUCUUAAGACAAUGCGUAUCAGCAGCUCAACAGUUGCUAGCUCGUCCUUUCCAGAAGGUAUGCAUUACUCUAUUCGAUCAAUAUCAUAUACUAAUAAUCUCCAGAAUCAUUCUCGAUGCUUCAGUCCGACGAUUCAUGGCACAGAAGAUCUAUCUUCGAGCGGCGGCAGCACUUCGAUGGAUCAGCAGCCGCAACGCAAUCCUCCAAGGAGCUCCACCAAGUCCUGGACAUGCUCCAGCGCUUCAGCAAAUACGGUACACAUUGCGCACAGAACUAGCUUCCAUCACAGACGCGCGGGUUGAAGCAGGUCUGCGAGAAGCCGAUGCCAAUGCUGGAAAGUACACCCAAGAGGAUCCAUCGUUAGCAGUAAUCCAGAGGAUGGCGGGCAGAGAUCGAUGAUGGAAGUAUGCAAAGCAUGGCUUCACCUUUGUGAUGCGAAGGCGCGUCACCAUCUCAAAAACAACCUCCUUCAAUUGUGGGAGCCAGCAGCUGGAAUCUGUUUGGAACUUACUCCGCGAACCCAACCUAAGUCUUACGAUUGCAUCUGUGAUGCGCAACCACCUUUCGGCAUAUUAUCCUGAGUGCACUUCAAGAGCUGCAGGCAGCCUACAGCUAGUACUUAACCUGGAGCAAUGGGUGGAUAUCUGACAUUACGCGGAACGACAUUACGAUCACGGCAGAGCCGUGACGAAACGAUCAUUACAUCCGUCGAGUGACCCAACCGGCAGCUUGCUGCGAACGGCAAGCCAACGACGAAUCAGCUGCUGCCGUCCGAGAGAGACGUCCUGGUAUCGUAUCCUUGGGAUGCGAGAUCACAGCAAAUGGCACAAGAGCGAGCUUCACUUUCCAUCCAGGCAUUCGACUAGUACCUACACUCCAUAAUUCUAAUCAUGUUGCAAAC